GGACCACCGCCAGGUCAAUUACUCAGCUCAAAACCCUUCCACUCGAUCCCACUCGAACGAUCCCAUCAUUACCGGAGUAACAUCUUGAGGACGGGAAUCGAUUCGUCUACCCGACGAAAGCUCUUCUCCUGGCCCCGCGACCUCGAACUCGCUGCAGAUCUCACUCGGUCUCGUCCUUUUUUCCCCGUUUUUGGAAGACCUCGUUGUUGGUUUUGCUUCUUGUAAUUUUUGAAGGAGGAUUUGGAGCUUCUCUCUGGCCGUGGGGCUGGUUGGACUGGUUUGGAGGGCGGGAGGAGAGGAAGGGGGCAGGAUGGCGUCGGGGAGGAUAGGAGGUCCUUCAGCGCCGCCCGUCCGGCGUGAUCCCUACGAGGUACUCUGCGUGUCGAAGGAUUCGUCCGAUCAGGAUAUCAAAGCCGCGUACCGGAAGCUUGCUCUCAAGUACCAUCCCGAUAAAAAUGCUAGCAAUCCUGAAGCAUCUGAACUUUUUAAAGAAGUUGCAUAUUCCUAUAGUAUCUUGUCAGAUCCAGAAAAGAGGAGGCAAUAUGAUGCUGCUGGCUUUGAGGCUUUUGAAAGUGAAGGCAUUGAUAUGGAGAUUGACUUGUCAAGCCUUGGAACUGUCAAUACAAUGUUUGCAGCUCUUUUUAGCAAGCUGGGAGUUCCUAUCAAGACUACAAUUUCUGCCACUGUUCUUGAAGAAGCUUUAAGUGGAACUGUCACAGUUAAACCACUUCCUCUUGGAACAUCAGUCACCGAAAAAGUGGAUAAGCAAAGUGCUCAUUUUUUUGGUGUAACAAUUAAUGAUCAACAAGCUCAGGCAGGGAUUGUUGUUCGAGUAACUUCGGCAAUACAAAGUAAAUUUAAGCUACUUUACUUUGAGCAGGAAGCUAAUGGUGGCUAUGAUUUAGCAUUACAGGAAGAUAGUGAAAAGAUUGGCAAAGUAACAUCUGCAGCGAUGUACUUUUUACAUUUUCAAGUGUAUCGGAUGGACUCUGUAGUUAAUACGUUAGCCAUGGCGAGAGAUCCUGAGGCUGCUUUCUUCAAAAGGUUGGAAGGCCUCCAACCUUGUGAGGCCUCUGAACUAAAACCUGGCACCCACAUAUUCGCCGUUUAUGGUGAUAAUUUUUUCAAAUCUGCUACAUAUACCAUUGAGGCUUUGUGUGCAAAAUCAUAUGAGGAUACCACAGAGAAACUUAAGGAGAUUGAGUCUAAAAUUUUAGCAAAAAGAGAUGCCUUGCGGCAAUUUGAAAUAGAAUACAGAAAAGCACUUGCAUGUUUUCAGGAGGUCACAAACAAGUAUACCCAAGAAAAGCAAUCUGUCGACGAGCUGUUGAAACAAAGAGAUAAUAUACUCUCCUCAUUUACGAUACAUAGAAGUGUGAUCAAUUCUAGUGGUGAUGCUAAUAGUAGUUGCAAAACUCCUGAUGAGGAUAUCAGAUUUGGCAGCCCAAAUGGAAGUCUUGAUGUGAAAAAUAAAUUGAACAAAAAAAAAUGGUUUAAUCUCAAUCUUAACCAUUCUGAUAGGAAGGGCUGAUCAGCUCUACUGUGAAAUGAUGUGUUAUAUUGAGAGUCUUAUGCUAGGAGAAAGUUGCCAGUUUUUCAUUGUUUGCCAUACAUGUAAGAUCACCCUGUGAAUCUCUCGAAGUUUUAUCAUAACCUCCUUAUGCUAUUUUUGAGCUCUGUAA